AUGGAGAUGUUUUGGAGUGCGGUCUUUACCGUGCUCCUCAGUUUAUCCUGCCAGGGGGCAGACUGGGGAUCUGACAGCAGUUUCAUCUCAGCUGCUGGUCCUCUAACCACUGACCUGCUGCCCAGCCUGAACUGUCCACCGGGAAAGCAGAGUUCUGGGUCUGCAGCAGGACACGAGGACAUUGUUGUGUGUUGCCAGCCACUGCCCGCUUCCCUGCCAGAGUAUUUCAGCAGUCUUCGUGCCAGUGAGGUCAGCCAUUAUAAGGUAUUUCUGUCAUGGGCACAGCUGCUGCCAGCAGGGAGCUCCAGGGAGCCUGAUGAGAAGGUGGUGCGGUGCUACCGGCAGCUCCUGGAGGCCCUCAGGGCAGCGCAGCUUGAGCCCAUGGUCAUCCUGCACCACGGGACCCUCCCUGCCAGCCUGGGGCCGAGAAGGGAGGGCUUCUCUGACCUCUUUGCCGAGUAUGCGGCCUUCGCCUUCCGUGCCUUUGGGGACCUCGUGGGAAUCUGGCUCACCUUCAGUGACUUGGAGGCAGUGGUGAUGGAACUUCCUCAUGAGGAAUCCAGAGCUGCACGCCUCCAGCUCAUCACUGAGGCCCACCAAAAAGCCUAUGAGAUUUACCACCAGAAAUACGCUCUGCAGGGAGGAAAGAUGUCCAUCGUCCUCCAGGCUGAUGAGAUCUCGGAGCUGCUGCUAGAACCAUCCACAACUGCACUGGCCAAGGACUCAGUCGAUUUCCUCUCUCUUGAUUUGUCUUAUGAAUGCCGAAGUGAAACAAGUCUACCAGAGAAGCUCAGUAAACUGCAGAUCAUUGAGCCAAAAAUGAGGGUUUUCAUCUUCACUCUGAAGCUCCAGGACUGCCCCUCCACCAAGAAGGACCCAGGCAAGCUGCUCUUCAGCCUUCUUGAAGCCAUAAAUAAAGACCAAGUGCUCACUAUUGGAUUUGAUUUUAAUGAAUUUCUGAGCUGCUCAUCACCUUCCAUAAAAAGCAUGUCUUGCUCUCUGACUGACAGCCUGCCCCUUCAGACUGACCAGCAUCAGCACCAGGAGAGAUCUGCUGGCCCCUCACCCGCAGGCUCAGCCUACCAAAGAGUGUGGGAAAUGUUUGCUAAGCAGCCCAGGGCAGAAAGGGAUGAGUUCCUGCAGGAUGCUUUCCCCCAAGGCUUCCUCUGGGGCGUGUCCACAGGAGCCUUUAAUGUGGAAGGAGGCUGGGCUGAAGGUGGAAGAGGGCCCAGUGUCUGGGAUGGAUUUGGGCUCAAGCAGGCUGCCAAGGACAGGGCCACAGCGGAGGUGGCCAGUGACAGCUACUACAAGUGGGCCUCUGACGUGGCCCUGCUGCGUGGCCUCCGGGCUCAGGUGUACAAGUUCUCCAUCUCCUGGUCGCGGAUCUUCCCCAGUGGGCGCAGGAGCAGCCCCAGCCCCCAAGGUGUCGCCUACUACAACAAGCUGAUCGACAGCCUGCUGGACUCCCACAUUGAGCCCAUGGCCACGCUGUUCCACUGGGACCUGCCUCAGGCCCUGCAGGAUCAGGGUGGGUGGCAGAACGAGAGUGUGGUGGACGCCUUUGUGGACUAUGCCGCCUUCUGCUUCUCUGCCUUUGGAGACCGUGUGAAGCUGUGGGUGACCUUCCACGAGCCGUGGGUGAUGAGCUACGCAGGCUAUGGCACUGGCCAGCACGCACCGGGCAUCUCGGACCCAGGACACGCCUCAUUCCAGGUGGCUCACUUGGUCCUCAAGGCCCAUGCCAGGACUUGGCACCACUACAACAGCCACUAUCGCCCACAGCAGCAGGGACAGGUGGGCAUUGUGCUGAACUCAGACUGGGCAGAACCCCUGUCCCCAGAGAGUGCUGAGGACCUGGCAGCCUCUGAGCGCUUCUUGCACUUCAUGCUGGGCUGGUUUGCACACCCCAUCUUUGUGGACGGAGACUACCCAGCCACCAUGAGGGCUCAGAUCCAACAAAUUCGUGAGCGCUGCCACAGUCCUGUGGCACAGCUCCCUGAGUUCACCGACGCAGAGAAGCAGCUCUUGAAAGGCUCUGCUGAUUUUCUGGGUCUGUCUCAUUACACCUCGCGCCUCAUCAGCAAGGCCCACGAAGACACCUGCAUGCCCAGCUAUGAUACCAUCGGAGGCUUCUCCCAGCACAUGGACCCUGCAUGGCCUCAGACCUCAUCUCCUUGGAUUCGCAUGGUGCCCUGGGGCAUGAGGAGACUGUUGCAGUUUGUAUCCCUGGAAUACACAAUGGGGAGAGUUCCAAUCUACCUGGCUGGGAAUGGCAUGCCAACAGGGGAGAGUGAAAAUCUCCUCAAUGAUUCCUUGAGAGUAGACUACUUCCGCCAGUACAUCAAUGAGGUGCUCAAGGCUAUCAAGCAGGACUCAGUGGACGUUCGUUCUUACAUCGCUCGUUCCCUCAUUGAUGGCUUCGAAGGCCCUGCCGGCUACAGCCAGAGAUUCGGGCUGUACCAUGUCAACUUCAGCGACAGCAGCAAGCCCAGGAUACCCAGGAAAUCGGCUUUCUUCUACACAAGCAUCAUUGAAAAGAACGGUUUCCUCACCAAGACAGUAAAGCAGCCGCUGCCACCGAGUUUGGUGCGCUUGCCUCCCAGAACCAGAGCCUCCUCUCUGCCAUCAGAGGUGCCCUCCCAGGCAAAAGUGGUUUGGGAGAAGUUCUCCAACCAAACCAAGUUUGAAAGAGAUUUUUUCUAUCAUGGCACCUUCCGGGAUGACUUCCUCUGGGGCGUGUCCUCUUCAGCCUAUCAGAUUGAGGGAGCUUGGGAUGCUGAUGGCAAAGGCCCCAGCAUCUGGGAUAACUUUACUCACACACCAGGGAGCGGCGUGGCAGAAAAUGCCACUGGGGACAUUGCCUGUGACAGCUACAACCAGCUGGAUGCUGACCUGAACAUGCUUCGAGCUUUGAGGGUGCAGGCCUACCGCUUCUCUCUGUCCUGGUCUCGGAUUUUCCCAACUGGGACAAACAGUUCCAUCAACGAUCGUGGUGUUGACUAUUACAACAGGCUGAUUGAUGGCUUGCUGGCAAGCAACAUCUUCCCCAUGGUGACCCUGUUUCACUGGGACCUGCCCCAGGCCCUGCAGGAUAUAGGAGGCUGGGAGAACGCUUCCCUGAUUGAGUUGUUUGACAGCUAUGCAGACUUUUGUUUCCGGACCUUUGGUGACAGAGUCAAGUUCUGGAUCACCUUUAAUGAGCCCACCUACUAUGCAUGGUGGAGUUAUGGCACAGGGGAAUUUCCCCCAAAAGUGAGUGACCCAGGCUGGGCACCUUACAGAAUCAGCCAUGCGCUCAUCAAAGCUCAUGCUAGAGUCUAUCACACGUAUGAUGAGAAAUACAGGCAGAGCCAGAACGGGGUCAUCUCUUUGAGUCUUGUUGGAGAAUGGGCAGAGCCCAAGUCACCGGAUGUUCCGAGAGAUGUGGAAGCCACUGACCGCAAGAUGCAGUUCACCCUGGGCUGGUAUGCCCACCCUAUUUUUAAAACUGGAGAUUACCCCGAUGCCAUGAAGUGGAAAGUAGGGAACAGGAGUGAACUCCAGCACUUAGCCACAUCCCGCCUGCCAAGCUUCACUGAGGAAGAGAAGAACUACAUCAGGGGUACAGCUGACGUCUUCUGCCUCAAUACCUACUCCUCCAAAAUUGUACAGCACAGGACACCUGCACUGAACCCACCGUCCUACCAAGAUGAUCAGGAGUUGAGCGAGCAGGAAGAUACCUCAUGGCCUACCACAGCCAUGACCAGAGCUGCGGCCUUUGGAAUGCGUAGACUGCUGAAUUGGAUCAAGGAAGAGUAUGGUGACAUCCCCAUUUAUAUCACUGAAAAUGGGGCAGGCCUGUCAAAUUCAAGACUGCAGGAUAUUGAGAGGAUAUUUUACUACAAAACCUACAUCAAUGAAGCUUUGAAAGCCUACAGGCUCGAUGGUGUCAACCUUCAAGGCUAUUCUGCCUGGUCUCUGAUGGACAACUUUGAGUGGCUCCGAGGCUACACAGUCAAGUUUGGCCUGUAUCAUGUUGACUUUGAGAAUGAGAACAGGCCUCGCACAGCAAGAAUCUCAGCCGCGUACUACACAGAACUCAUUACCAACAACGGCAUGCCACUGUCCAGUGAGGAUGAGUUUGUGUAUGGACAGUUUCCUGAGGGGUUCACCUGGAGUGCGUCUACUGCUGCGUUUCAGAUUGAAGGUGCAUGGAGAGAAGAUGGCAAAGGCAUUAGUAUUUGGGACACAUUCAGUCAUACAGCACUGAGGAUUGAGAAUGAUGACAUCGCAGAUGUGGCCUGUGACAGUUACCACAAGAUCGCUGAGGACGUGGUCGCCCUGCAGAACCUGGCCGUAUCCCACUACCGCUUUUCCAUCUCCUGGUCCCGCAUCCUGCCUGAUGGAACGACCAACUACAUCAAUGAAGCAGGCCUGAAACACUACGAGCAGUUCAUUGAUACAUUGCUGGCUGCCAACAUCCAGCCCCAGGUGACCCUAUACCACUGGGACCUGCCCCAGGCACUCCAGGAUGUUGGAGGCUGGGAGAAUGAGACCAUUGUGCAGCGGUUCAGGGAGUAUGCCAAUGUGGUAUUCCAGAGGCUGGGAAACAAGGUGAAGUUUUGGAUCACACUCAAUGAGCCCUUUGUCAUGGCCUACCAUGGCUAUGGCACUGGGUUAUAUGCCCCAGGGAUUUUCUAUAGGUCUGGCACUGCUCCCUACCUUGCUGGCCACAACUUAAUAAAGGCUCAUGCUGAGGCCUGGCAUCUGUAUAAUGACGUGUACCGGGCAAGCCAAGGAGGUGUGAUUUCCAUCACCAUCAACAGUGAAUGGGCUGAACCCAGAGACCCAGCCAAUCAAGAGGACGUGGAGGCAGCCAUGAGAUACGUUCAGUUUAUGGCAGGCUGGUUUUCAAAUCCGAUUUACAAGAAUGGAGACUACCCUGAGGUAAUGAAGACACAGAUCCUAGAAAGGAGUUUGGCUGCAGGCCUCAAUGUGUCUCGGCUCCCAGAGUUCACAGAGGAAGAGAAGAGGAGGAUCAACGGCACCUAUGACUUUUUUGGGUUCAACCACUACACCACUGUCCUCGCCUACAACUAUGAAUACCCCACAGCCUUUGCCUCUGUUGAUGCAGACAGGGGAGUUGCCUCCAUCACAGAUCGCUCUUGGCCAGACUCUGGCUCCUUCUGGCUGAAGAUGACACCUUUUGGCUUCAGAAGGAUCCUGAACUGGAUAAAGGAGGAGUACAACAACCCUCCAAUUUAUGUGACAGAGAAUGGGGUGUCUCAUCGGGGAGACUCAUACCUCAACGACACCAGCAGGGUCUACUACCUGCGCAGUUACAUCAACGAGGCUCUCAAAGCUGUGCGGGACGGGGUGGAUCUUCGAGGAUAUACAGUCUGGACUCUGAUGGACAACUUCGAGUGGUACACAGGCUACUCUGAUAAGUUUGGUCUGCAUUUUGUGAACUACACCGAUCCUUCUCUGCCAAGGAUCCCCAGAGAGUCGUCCAAGUUAUAUGCCUCUAUAGUCCGGUGCAACGGCUUCCCUGACCCUGCACAAGGGCCCCAUCCUUGUCUCCUCCAGCCAGAAGACUCCAGCCCCACCGAGAGCCCCAGCAGAGAGGAUGCGGUCCAGUUCCUGGGGCUGUCGCUCAUCUCCACGGAAGCAGAGACGGCUUUGUACGUCCUCUUUGCUCUCGUGCUGCUUGGAGUCUGUGGCCUGGCAUGUCUGUCAUACAUGUACUGCAGGAGGUCCAAGAGCAAGAAAGCACAACAGAACCAACAGGAAAUGAGCCCUGUUGCUGCAUUCUGAAGUCACGCAGGCCUGCUUCCUGUCUCACCACUGUGCCAGCCGUAGCUGUGUUCUCCAUCCUUGUGUUCUCUUGUUAGAGAUGACUUGGAUCUCAAGGGUUUUGAGUUCUGGUGGAAAUGGGGAUGUCUGCACAUUGCCCCAGUACUGGGAGCUCUCUAAGGCCUCUGAGGGACCUGCUGGAGGCCCUUCUGGACAUGUGCAGCUACUUGGACAUGUGUAAACAAUGGGAUGGUGGACUCUCUGACAUUGUACCAGCAAUGUUGUGGCACACUUAAAUAACAGUCUUAUGGAAGGGCAAAAAUCAGUCUGGAGGGGUUGAGGGGAAAUCCCAGACUCUCUGGAAUUGUAAUGUAAAAUUCAAAAAUCAAAGUAAAGAUUCAAAAAAUAUAUAGCAUCCAAAA